AUGACUACUCGGAUCCACUCAAUAGGUUCACCUGGUCGACGGCUUUAUUCCACUGCUCGGGGUGGCAACAAGCAAGUUGGUACGCCUCACUUCCCCUUGCGUGAGAUGCAAAUGAGCGUACAGGAGCGGACCGGAAUGAGCGAAAUUACUAAUAGAAAAUGCUUCGCCCGAACUACACCAGUCAAGUUGUGGGACAACAGGAUCGUCACUUGGUACCAGCUACAAGGGGUCUGGGCUGGCAUAGAUCCAUACCUUGUAAACCCACCCCUCUUCAGCGACUACGGACAGAACAGAACGAAGCCAUCGAAGUCGAAGACUAAGUCUCGACGCUAUACGGAUGUGCCCAACACACUCGAAAUUCGGGCUAUCCGUCCAGGGGAACUCGGUAUAGAAACCAUAGCUGAGUGUUGCGUAGAUCUAUAUGCUCAGCUCCGCUUCCAAAGCGUCGAUGGAACCGUUGCAACCCUGGUCAAGCAGAAGGCACCCUGCAUAUGUGAUCACCUCGAUCUCGCAAAACUCAUGUCACGCUCCAUGUCCGAAAAUCCCAUCGAGUUCCGCCCCGACAAUUUCACCCCCGCGCCUGACGCCAGCGUCGCGGACCUCCUCUGCAAAAUCGCCGACAAAAAGUCCUGGACGCCGGAUCCGAGUCGCCUGUACCGACGUCCGGAUAGACUGCUGCGCAAGAUCAAGGAGCAGGCGAUCUGUUGUGGGCUCAAGGGCGAUAAAUGUAGGACGUCUGUCGGCUUGCAGAGGGUUAGGGACAAUACUGCUGAGAAUACGGUGGGGUGGAUGAGGGAUUUGGUUAGGCUGAAGGUGGUGAGGAGGUGGAGGACUGAUGGGGGGACGGGAGAUGAGGAGUGGCAGGCGCAGAAUGGGGGUGUCGGUGAGGCUUGGUAG